UACGUGAGAUCAUAUUUGAAGCGGUUUUUUUUUUCAAAAAUUAAAUUUAAAUGCCGCCGUAAACUGUGACUUUUCGUUUUAGUUGUUAAAAAAUUACGAAAUCUAUUUUUAAAGGGCCGUUAUAAAUUUAAAUUCCCUUCAAAGCUUUUUUCUCCUGUUGCAAGAAAUUUAAAAAGAGCUGAGAAAUGUAAACAUAUUGUCUGUAAAGAAAUAAUAAAGAGUGUCAAAUAUCGACGGAACUUCCUAGCGCGCGAGUAGCAAAUUUGUCAUAUGCCCAUGAAUUUUCUGCUGAAGGAAAACUUUCAUUCCAAAGUUAAUUAACUGGAUAAAAUUGUUAAAGAGUGUCUUACAACAGCUAGCAACCCACAACGGCUGGUGCGGAGUUGGCGCAGUAUCUACUGUCUUAUAUUCAUGUAAAAAUUCGAGUGUGAAGUUCAUACAUUUGGUUGGAAAUCAGCAACGUGCUGAUAAUUUUGAUGGACCCAACAAGCCUGACCGAAGCAUUUGCCAUUAUUAGACAUCACGCGUACGUUAAACAGAGCGGAUGUGGUAGAAAACGGAAGACGGUAGCGAUUUAUAAAAUUAAAUUAAACCACAAAACGGCGUAAAUGAAAUACGAAAUUUACCUAUUUCGUGUUGGCAAAUAAACAAUUCGGAAGUUGCAUUUAAUAAUAAAUGCGAAAAAAAGAAAAGUAAGCACUUUGACUACUUUGUGGAAAAAUUUAAAGAAGGUUAAGAAACAAGAGUGUUAAAUAAGUACAGAAUAAUUUAACAAUUUAAAAAUAAAAUUAAAUGAAACAUUUUUUAAUAAAAAAUUGGAACUGAAUAAAUUAAAAAGAAUCCCCAAGUUUGAUGGGUGACUCAAUGUUUGCAUAGUUUGUGCAGCAUCUACAGAUGAGUGAAGUCAUAUUGACGGUCGACGUUGCACGCAUAUCGCAUACACACUCACACAAAUAAACACCAGUGUCAAGUUAAAACCCGCAUACUAAGCGCCAACACUUCAUUACCUCCCCUUGCCAAAAGCAAAAAAAAAAACACAACGGAUCUUUGAAAGAGCGUUUUUUACCUUUUGACGCCUUACUAAUCUUGCAAUUGAGAAGAAAAAUCAGAGGCAAAAGUAUGGUUAAAUACGCGUGCUAAACUGUUACUCUUCAAUUUCAAUUGAAACCUGUCGAAAAUCAAGAAAAGUUGCCAGAAAAAAUCACAAUUCCAAACCACCAACAAAAAAGAGGGGUCAAUCAGCUGCCCAAACAACUCAAAAGAAGCAACACAUUCGAAACAAGAAUCGCACACACACACGAGCGCACCAAUACACCGCAACACUACUCCAUCGCCAGCUGCAGCAGCCGCAGUAACAGCAACAACACAAAGAAAGCCUUACACAAGAAUUGACGAGAGCAGAGUACAAAGAAAGCAUCAUUCACUCUUAUUGUCGCACGUCUCAUCAAACUUCGUUCAUUCGGUUUUUGAGACAUCGUGUGCUCCACUCAUCUUUAUCAUCAUCUCAUAGCGACCGUAGCAGCAGCGACAGCGGCAUCACCAUCGUCAUCACACAAAACUUCGUUUUUGAUGCGCCUUUCUUGUCACAAGAGUGAAAGAGGGGGAGCAAGUGUGUGUGAGAGUACAACUCUGUGUAUGACGAUUUUGUUGGCCUGAGUAUUGUCAGUCAGUCAGUCUUCUUUCUUUCCGUUUGUUGUUAUUGUGUGUUGAACCACACUAUACAACACAUAUCAUCGAACAAUAACAACAAGUCAACACAGAGCGCGCACACACAACAUCAACGUCAACAUUGAAAGCAGCGCAGCCGACCAGCCAGCAUUGAGUUUUCUGUGAUUAAGUGACGACAUUCGCUGUUUGACUCUCAAACGGUUAACGACGGUUAUCUGGCCAUAACGGAAAUACGCCGCCACCGCGCCACACGCACAAAACAAGAUUUGAGAAACGCCGAAUUAAAUCAAAAAAGAAAUAGAAUAAAAAAUCCAAACAAACUCGCCAAGACUUGUGUGUUUUCUUUCACAUUUCUGUUAUUACCAUUCAGUUCAGUGGACACCAACAGCUAGCAAGAAUGCUGCUCGUAAGAACAAACAAAAAACGUGAACUUGUGUUGAUGUGAUAAAAUAAAUUAUUUUUCUUUUGUUUCAAAAUAAAAACAAUGAAUAAAAAUUCAUAUCUAGUCAAAUGCUACAAAACGUUGAGUUAUUGGCAGAAAUAAAUUAACAAAAAAACCUGAGAGAUGGCAAAAUAAAAUUACUUAAAAUAAAAUAAAUAAAAAUCCAAGACUGAUUAAAAUCCAAAAAGAAAACAAAAACGAGAAUAACUAAUUCAACAAAUUUAACCCAUUUAUAAACCCUCGUCCCACAAACACACACAAACCUCAGCCAACCGACUUAAAACACUACAAAAUUCGUUAACAAAGUAUACGUAAAAUGAAACAAAAAUCAAUACAAAUUAAUAAUUAGAAAUACCUAUAUUUAAAUAAUAUCGUAAUAAACUAAAGAAGAAAAUUAUUUAUUAAGUUAUUAAAACAAAAAGCAAAACAAAAAAGAAACCCCCCUUAAACGUAGAGUGCAAAUUAAAAUAUUUUCCUAAAAUAAAAUAAAAAACAAAUAUUGCUCAUAUAAAAAAAAAACAAACAACAAAAAUAUUUGAUGUAAACAAAAACCUUAAAAAUACCUUUAAUAUUUAACCGAAUGUAUACGAUUCAUUGCAAUUAUUAAUUAAAUUAAAAUACAAAAAAAUAAAACAAAUUUAAAAAAUUAAAUAUUUUCUAAAUUUAAAAUCAAACAAAAAUUUCUAAAAAAAAAAUAAAAACAAAACAAACAACUACGAUUAGUUCUAUUAAUAACAUCCAACAACAAUUAUACGCGUACAUAGUGCAAAACAAAAAAAUAACAAUAAUUUAUUAAAUAUUAAAAACCAACUAGAAAAAAACACUCAAAACAACAUUAAUAAAUCUUCAGGAGCAAAACCAUCAUUCGACCACCUAGACCGUUGUAUACACAUACAAUUUUAAAUUUAAACCAAAAAAAUAUAAAAUUUAUGAUUGUUUAAAAAAUUAUAUUAAAAAUAAAACAACAAAUUUCUAUAAAAUUUUGAAAUUUCCUUCAAAUUUUGUGUGUUAAUAUUUUUGUUUUUGCCCAAAGUUUGAGUGAAGGCUAAAACAUCAACAAUCAGAACAAAAACAACAACAAAUUCAUUUCAUCAACAACAACAAACAUCUCAAAAUGCUGCACGAAGCUUUAAUGUUAGAAAUCUAUCGCCAAGCAUUGAAUGCGGGAGCUUUGCCAACCGCACGUCCGCGGUCCACCGAAUCGGCCAAUUCCAGUGAACGCUGUCCAUCACAUGAAUCAAAUUCCUCCGAGAAUGGUAAAGAUCAUCGUGAAAAUAACAUAAACCAACCGCCAGCCGGUGUUCUACCCCUACCAACAUCACCUGGCGCCUUCCCAGCCAUUCCAAAUCUUCCAGCCCAGCCACCUUCAAUGGAAGCCUAUUUACACAUGGUGGCCGCUGCCGCACAGCAAUAUGGUUUUCCACUGGGUGCUGGCCCUCGUUUGCCAUUGCCCAUGCCAUCAGAGGCUGCUGCCUUCAAACUACCACCUCAAGCUUCACCCACUGCUUCCAGUAAUCAUUCGGAAGCUCUAGAUUUUCGUACGAAUCCCUUUGCACGAUCCGGCUCUGCGGGACCAGCCGCAUCCGAUGAGGAGGAGGAGGAGGAAGAGGAAGCUAACGACGGCAAUAACCCCUUAGAUCUGUCCUGUGGUACACGUAAACGUUCCGCUGAAGAUGAAGCCGAGACGGAUUCAUCAGUAGGCCAGAUACAGGUUAAGAAAAUAUUUAAGUCUGAUAGCCCUCCUUUGGCACCAGCUCCUGCUGCCCAACCUGUUCCUCCCAACCCAAUGAUGCCAGGAGUCAAUCCAUAUUUAGCUGCCGUGGCAGCUGCCAACAUUUUUCGUUCAGGACAAUUCCCUGAUUGGAAUGGCAAAAGUGAUUUAGUUGUAGAUCCCUUGGAGAAAAUGUCUGAUAUUGUUAAGGGGCCGCGUAAGGAGAAAAAUUCCCGCAGUACCGGAAAUACACAAGCUAAUGUGUCUCAACCAGUUACUCCUCAGCCACCAGUCGCUGCGCCCAGUAAUACUGCCCCACCUCCGGCCAGUGAAGGAAUUACCAAGACCAGACACAACAUCUGGCAGUCACAUUGGCAAAAUAAGGGUGUGGCCAGUUCUGUAUUCCGAUGUGUCUGGUGCAAACAAAGCUUCCCCACAUUGGAAGCGUUGACAACCCACAUGAAAGACAGCAAGCAUUGCGGUGUAAACGUUCCACCGUUUGGAAAUUUGCCCACAGCCAAUGAAAGACCUCCUCCGCCUAGCCAACCGCCACAGGGAGCAAAUCACCUGAGACAACCUCACAACAAGGGCAACAACACGGGCCCGUCACAGGCUGCAAAAAAUGCAUUCCAAUUCCGUGGGGAUCCCCCGACCCCGCUGCCUCGUAAAUUGGUACGCGGUCAAAAUGUAUGGCUGGGAAAGGGCGUUGAACAGGCCAUGCAAAUUCUCAAGUGCAUGCGCUGCGGAGAGAGUUUCCGUUCUUUGAACGAAAUGACCAAACAUAUGCAGGAAACUCAACAUUACACCAAUAUCUUGUCUCAAGAACAAACGAUCUCAAUGAAGUCCACACCAAAUGCAGCUUCAGGGGAGAACAAAGAAGGUCAAAGUUUGAGUUCCGAGGAAAGCCGCACACUUAGUGCCGUGCUUACAUGCAAGGUGUGUGAUAAGGCUUUCAACUCCCUGGGUGAUCUAAGCAACCACAUGGCUAAAAAUAACCACUAUGCCGAACCUCUAAUGCAAUCCAUGGGUGGUGCCGCCGGUAAUCGCAAAAGACCUGCACCCAAAAAGAGAGAAAAAUCCUUGCCAGUUCGUAAGCUAUUGGAAAUGAAGGGUGCCCAAGAUCAGUUGGAGCAAGAAAUGGAAAUGCAGAAAAUGCAACGUCCCGGUAUGGGUCCUGGGCCAGAUAAAACGGAAGCUGCUCUGUUUGCCGAGCGCAUGCGCCAAUAUAUCUCAGGCAUAAAACAAGAUGAGUCUUCCAAGAAUCUGAUUUCUGCAUCAAAUGUACUUAACAAGGCCAAAUCACCAGACUUAAUUGAACCUAAAAAUGGCGCAAAUAAGAACAAUACCGGGUCGUCUUCGGUUCUUAGUGCCAUUGAACAAAUGUUUACCACUAGUUUCGAUACACCACCACGGCACGCCAGCUUGCCAGCCACCAGUCCUUCGAAUUCGUCCACUAAAAAUACCUCACCUGUGGCUUCCAAUAUAUUGAAGCGUUUGGGCAUCGAUGAGAAUGUUGAUUACAACAAACCCUUAAUAGAUACAUCCGAUCCCUAUUUCCAGCACUACCGUUACACUAGCAGUGAACGCAGUGCCAGCGAAUGCAGUGCUGAAACUCAUAAUGAUUCCAGAAAAAUUGAAAAUCCUACUCCAGAAAAAUCUUUUGUCGAGGAAACAAAUAACUCAACAGCUAGUAAAAUGGACUGCGAUGUAGAAGUCAAACGUGAGGUGUCCGCCGAGAAAAUGGAUACCGACGGUGCCACCAAUCUGACCAUUGACAAUGUGCCAAAAAUCAAGCAGGAAAUCAAAGCUGAAAUUGAGGAUGAAAUCAACAGUAAUGAAGCGCGUGCUCAAAGUCCAAAAGAAAGAUCGGCUGGUGAUAGUGUUACUUCCAAUGGAACUGAUUAUUCCACAAAUAAUAAUAACAACAACAAUAAUAAUAACACCAAAGAUUGCCCAACACAGUCGCCCAAGAUGGCUGCUAGUCCACAAUCGCGUAUUUUGCCACCUCGCAGUCCCACCGACAGCCACCGCUCUAUGACACCCAAGUCUCCAGCCUCAAGCAUCAAGUCGUACGAUGGCGGCGAAAAGAAAUAUCCCAGUGACUCUCUCAACGCCCUCUCGUCUAUGUUCGAUUCUCUGGGCAGUACCACGAAUUCAUCGACCCUCAGCAGCCGGCCACAACCACAAAACACAUCUUCAUUGCUAAGUACCAAGCUUGAUUCACCCGAGAAUCUGACCACUUCCAAUUCAUUAGCCGCUUUACGCCAAUUCUGCAUUAAGAAAGAGAAAACCGCUUAAAAACGCUCUCCAACUUAUUUCGUUUUUAUUUUUCAUUUCUAUUAUGGGAAACAGUGAGAAAAACAUAUUUUUUGUUUUUGCUAUAUUUCGUUGGCAUCAAACGUCUCGCUCUCGGAGUCAGCCGCGAAAUUAUGAUUUCUGUUUUUAACGAAGGGACAACGCUCUUUUAGCUGGCUGGGCGGAACCGGAACAAGCGUGCAACAAGUGAAACAAGACAUGCCGUUUUUUAACGCCUCGAUUUUGACUUAUGAUUUCCAUGCAACUAUGCAGAUCACUACAUCGUCUUUACAUACAUACAUUUGCCGUUGUGCCGCUACAGAUACUAGCGUAAUGGGAAGCUCGCUUGCUUGCCUGCUUAAGGACCACUAAAGAGUGUUGAUUAUAAUUUCGAGAGUAACCCAAAGCGAUGUGGGAGAGUAUGUGCGUGUAAAACUCUCUCAGCAGGGUAGAAUUGCAACUCUGCGCCAAGGCGGCAAUAAAAACAAUGAUGCUGCAACUCGUAAGCGUGCCACUUGAAGGGCAAACGAGAGUGAUAAUGUGCGAAUUAAACAGAGUGGGAUAUAUAGGCUACGAAAAAGUGUAGCAGAGUUAGCAAAAGACAGAGUCGUCAGCGACUAAGCGGAUUAUGCAGAAAAAAGACUGGAACUGAGACCCGUCUUAAAGUUUCUAAAGAAACAUCAUUGAUAACGAUGAUGAUAAACUGAAAAAAUAAAAUGUUGAUGAAACAUUCUGAGCCAUAUUUUACCAAAUACCCCGAUUAAGACAUAAACUUAAUUUUGGAGCAACGUAACUAAAAGAAAAUACUUGCCACAGUGUUCUACGUGUGCUCUAUCAUACCCUUUGAAAACUACAUCAUUUUUGGACUACGAAUAGAUGUCACUACAAAUGUUAUCUUGCCAAUUUAUGUGAUAGAAACUCAUGCCACAAAUUGAAAAUUCCCCAAACAUCUUGCCAAACUUUUAAUAAUUGGAUACCAACAACAACAACAACAAAAAUAACCACAUUUUUUGGACCUUAACUAAUACAACAUCAUCCAAAUUAUAAACAUCCAAAUGAAACAGCCCUUUUCAGGGCUCCA